AUGUUGUCGUUUAACUGGCAAUUGAUUCUCAUUACAGUGAAUUUAUUGACAAAAUUUGUCUUAUCCAUCGAUCGUUUGGACGAGCUUAUGCUUAUGAACUUGCUCUCUAAACGAAAUCUCCUAACGAAAAAAGUGAGUUACAAUCAAAAUCAACUGUUUAUCUUUGGUCACAUCAAUCCCGAUACGGAUGCUGUUGUGAGUGCAUUGGUAUUCGCAGAUUAUCUACGCCGUCAGAAGAUCAAUGCAAAACCUUAUCGUCUGGGUGAUCUCAAUAAAGAAACAAAAUUUGUUCUGCAAAAAGCAGGUGUAAAACCACCGAAAUUGCUACCUGAUGAUUUACCUGAGGGUACAGCAGUUGCCCUGGUCGAUCAUAAUGAAAGUCAACAAUCAAUGGUCAAUUUAACAAAGAUGCACGUCAAAUACGUUGUUGAUCAUCAUAAAUUAGGCGAUUUAACAACAGCUGAACCUGUUUACCUUCGUUUCGAACCAAUGGGCUCAACAGCAACUAUCUUAACGAAGUUAUAUCGCGAGAAUAAAAUUCAUAUAGGCAAGAAAAUAGCAACACUUCUCCUGAGUGCCAUUCUAAGUGAUACGCUUCAGUUUCGAUCAUCAACGACAACUAACGACGAUCGAUUAAUGCUCAAUUAUCUUUUACGCAUUGCCCAGAUUGUCGACAUCGAUUCCUAUGCCAAUGAAAUGUUUACCGCUAAGAGCGAUUUGACUGGUUAUUCAAUAGAACAAAUUCUCCUUCUGGAUUAUAAAACUUUCGUCUUCAAUGGUCAAGUUUGGGGAAUCGGCUUCGCAGAGACAUUCAAUUCUAGUUAUAUAUUGAAUCGUAAGGACGAAUUGAUCAGCACCAUGCUUGAAGAAAAGAAGAAGAAGAAUAACAUAACAGGAAUUCUCUUUUCAAUCAUUGAUAUUGCCAAAAUAAGAAAUUUCAUGAUCAUUCCUGGCGAACCUGAACGUUCUGUUAUUGAAGAAGCAUUCAAUGUCGACAUUCAAAACGGAAUCGCCGAUCUAGGUUCACGAAUUAGUCGCAAGAAAAAUAUCGUUCCUACCCUAGAAUCUUAUUUUAAAUUGAACAAUUAA